AGAAAACCUAUGAAAAGGAACUGAAACUUUCUCAUUCGGAAGAUGGGAAGGUGAUCCAAUGAGAACUUGACAUGAGCUUUCAUUCAAAAGCACUCAACACAUAAAGUUCUUCGGAAAUAUAGGAUUGACGUUAUCGCAUUUAAAUUCGUUCCAGGCAUAUGUUCUGCCCCUCCCUCCCCUCCUCCCCAAGAAAUUCUCUCUUCCAGCUCAAGAUCUCUUGUGAAGUUCACUAACCUGCGUACAGUGAUAAUUAACUGAUUAAAGUUGUGUGACUACUGUGGCGCCUGCGCUCUUGCCGUCGCAGCACCGCGUUAGUCUCUCAGGCGGGCGUUCUCCUUGGGGGGGCGGGGAGGGACGGGGUGGAGAAACGGAGGAAGCUGGAAGAGUGUGCGGGCCUGGAACUCCGGGGGCCCAGCCUUCUGCUAAAUUAUAAACCGUGAGGCCUCUUCAACAAAUACGCUGUCACUUGCUGUGUUUGGUGAUGAGGAACGUUGCCAUCUUGGUGGUUUUCCCAGUCCCUAGCUGUAUUUUUUCCUAGUGACCCGGGACCUCAUCUUUGACGCUUAGCAUUCUCAAUGAAAGGAGCACGUGAAACAUUUUUUUCUCUUUGUCAUCGGAAAUUGUUAACUCAGUUCUUAAGGUGUGACUAGAUAUUAUAGACCCCAAAGGAAUUUUGGAGAUGUUAAGUUCAACAGGCUUGUUUUUUAAAUACCAGCACCUCUUACAUUUCAGUGUUAUAAUGUAUGUGAAUCUUCACUUUGAACAAACCCAAUUGACUCCAGAAUCCUAAUUUCUAGAAACCUGGGAAAGUGCCCCAUAGAAGACAUUUUGAGAAAUGUAUUUUAACUGGAAUUUUUUUGUCGCUGAUGUUUUUAUUUUUAACCACUGACCCUUCUGUCAGCAGAAGUGAUGCCACCAAGAAGAAAUGAGAAAUACAAACUUCCUGUUCCGCUUCCAGAAGGCAAGGUUCUGGAUGAUAUGGAAGGAAAACAAUGGGUGCUGGGCAAGAUGAUUGGUUCUGGAGGAUUUGGAUUGAUAUAUUUAGCUUUCCCCACAAAUAAACCAGAUAAAGAUGCAAGACAUGUAGUAAAAGUGGAGUAUCAAGAAAAUGGCCCAUUAUUUUCAGAACUUAAAUUUUACCAAAGAGCUGCCAAAAAAGAAUGUAUCAAAAAAUGGAUAGAACGAAAACAACUUGAUUAUUUAGGAAUUCCUGUGUUUUAUGGAUCUGGUCUUACUGAAUUCAAUGGAAGAAGUUACAGAUUUAUGGUAAUGGAAAGACUAGGAAUGGAUUUACAGAAGAUCUCUGACCAGAAUGGUACUUUUAAAAAGUCAACUGUCCUGCACCUAGGUGUUCGAAUGUUGGAUGUACUGGAAUAUAUACAUGAAAAUGAAUAUGUUCAUGGUGACAUAAAAGCAGCAAAUCUACUUUUGGGUUACAAAAAUCCAGAUCAGGUUUAUCUUGCAGAUUAUGGACUUGCCUACAGAUAUUGUCCCAAUGGGAACCACAAACAGUAUCAGGAAAAUCCUAGAAAAGGCCAUAAUGGGACAAUGGAGUUUACCAGCUUGGAUGCCCACAAGGGAGUACCCCUGUCCCGACGAAGUGACCUGGAGAUCCUCGGCUACUGCCUGCUGCGCUGGCACUGUGGGCCGCUGCCCUGGGAGCGGAGCCUGCGCGACCCUGCGGCCGUCCAGACUGCGAAAACCAAUCUGUUGGAUGAGCUCCCCGAGUCGGUGCUGAGAUGGGCUCCUUCUGGAAGCAGUUGCUGUGAAAUAGCCCAAUAUUUGACAUGUGCUCGUAAUUUAGCAUAUGAUGAAAAGCCAGACUACCAAAUGCUCAAGAAAAUUCUGAACCCAGGUGGAAUACCUUUAGGACCAUUGGAAUUUUCCCCUAAAGGAGAGGGUGUAAAUGUACAUACUCCAAACUAUCAAAAAGUUGAUUCACAAAAGGCUGCAACAAAGCAAGUCAAUCAGAUGCAAAAUAGGGUAGUAGAAAAAAGUGUCCACAGUGAGAGAAGUGCUGAGUCCCACGCAACACGGAGAAAAGUGCAGAAAGAGGAGAAGCUGAUUGGAUUGCCUAACAAAGAAACGGCUCAGGAAAGCACAAGAAGACGACAAAAAUAUCGUGAGUCGCAAGAAUUUUUGAAUGAAGUAAAAAGUUCUCCACAAAAAGACAGCUUUAUGCAGUUCCCAGACUCAUUUUAUGAACCCCAUCCAGAUAAAUUCAACAAGUCAAGACAUCCAUCGUGGUACGCAUGCACUGCUUCAGCUGGUAUGGAAGUCACAGACUUAGAAAGUUCUACAGGAUUUUGGCCUGUAAUUUCCCAGUUUACCCUUAGUGAAGAGACAAAGGCAGAUGUAUAUUAUUAUGGCUUCACCAUUCUUUGUCUUUUGACGUUAGUAGGUCUUGCUUUAUAUUUUCUUUGAAGAUAGCAAAAUCAUUUUGAUAGUUUUUAAAGUUCCAGUUCUUCACAGAAACGUUUCAUUCUUACUUCAGGGCUUCCUCCCAGACAUUUUCAAGGUAAUUGGCUUAUAAAAAGAGAAUACGUUUUAAACAAAGUAAGUUUGUGAACAUUCCAAAAAAAAAAAAAUGCUGUAUACUAGAAAUGGUGUCAUGAUACAGUUUGGAAAAUAUUUUUCUGAAGUUUCAGAUUACAGAGGAAAUUAAAAUGUUAUUUAUCGGGACAAUUUACCUUACAGAAACUUUUCUUUUUUAAAUACAUGUUAAUGUCUCAAAAAGUUUUAGAUAAGCUGAUAUAUGGAUAUCUUCUAAAACACAUAACUAAAAGCUAAGGACAUUUUAUGAAAUGUGAUUAACUGCUUACCUUACUACAAUACGGACAUUCACCAAAUAAGAUGUUAAAACUCUGUCUACUUGUCUGUAGACCUCUCAACCACUGAAGUUGUUUAAAAGAGAAGAUAAAGGAAGCAAUGUUAGCAUGAUUAGAUACUCCGGAAAUAAUUUUUCUUUUUGAAUGCAUCAUAUUUUUAUUCCAGAAGAUUUACCUUCUUAAUUUUCUUUUGCAAGAAGGGUAUGGGGAACAUUUUCUGACCCAGUACCGGACUGUGUGUGUGCUGAAUAACCAGGGGAAACCAGCAUGGUUUUCAGGGCCUAUACAAACUGGUGUUCAACCAAAUUGUGGGCCCAUUAGAGUCUGAUGAAAACUAUUCACAAUUUCUACCCUGAAAUACACAAAAAUAAUGCCUACAGGCCUAGGGGUUCACAGAUCUACCUAAAUCCAUUAGUCACAAAUGAAGAACUAAGGCUGUGAAAAAUACCAUAGGCCUUGAAAAUUUAGGUCUUAAUUCUGGUGUUAAUCACCAAUAGUGGGUUAAUUCUCAACCAUUAAUUACAAGCAUGAUACAGUUCAUUUUUAAAAAUUAAAUGAAUCUAUGUAAGACUUUCUUUGUAUUCUAUACCCAGAAGUACAACUGCCGAGUUAUGGGGUAUAUGUAUAUACACACACACACAGAGGCACAUACAUAUUAAAUAGUGCUAGAUUAUUUUCUAGACUACCUCCACUAGCAUACCCUCCCACUAGCAGUUACUGAGGAUUUCUUUGCCCUCAAAUCUCUGCCAAUUGUUUAAUGUAUCCAGAUUUCUACAUUUCUUAGUCUAAUAAGUAUUAAGUGAUACAUCAGUAUUUUAAUAGGCAUUUCUCUGAAUACUACGUUUGAAGACUACUUAGUAUACUAGUUCACUUUUUUGGCUCUUAUCCUCCCAACGUUCAUAUCCUUUACUUUUAUUCCUGUAUUUUUAUUGUUGAAUUAUAAGAAAUUACAUAUAUUCUAGAUAUUAAUCCCUCGUUAGUUUUAGGCACUGCAAAGAAAUUCUUGUAUUUUAUCAUCUAAAAAAAUUAAAUGAAUAUUCAUUAUUAUAAAA